AGCUGCAAUCUAGAACACCUUCUGUUGUUGAGCAUAAGCAAAGAGGCGUUCAAAGACAGACCUUUUGAAGUCCCAAUGGUGGUGCCCUAUUGAAUCCAUCAAAAUGUUAGUUCUUGUGCUUGGAGAUUUGCACAUCCCUCAUCGAUCUAGUGCUCUGCCGAGCAAAUUCAAAAAGCUCCUGGUUCCAGGGAGGAUCCAGCACAUUUUGUGCACUGGGAACUUGUGUACCAAGGAUUCUUUUGACUAUCUGAAAACUUUGGCUUCGGAUGUGCACGUGGUUCGGGGCGAUUUUGACGAGAACUCCAAUUGGCCUGAACAAAAAGUGAUCUCCGUGGGAUCAUUCACUAUUGGGUUGUAUCAUGGUCACCAAUUGGUUCCAUGGGGGGAUCCAGAAGCCUUGGCCAUGAUCAAUCGUCAGCUCAACUGCGAUAUUCUGAUCACCGGGCAGACCCACAAAUUUGAGGCUUAUGAGCAGGAGAAUCGCUUUUACGUCAACCCUGGCUCUAUAACGGGGUCGUAUUCGCCCGUGGGGGAGGAUAAAGAUCAUGUACCUUCAUUCAUACUCAUGGAUAUUCAAAGUAAUACCGUGGUCACGUAUGUCUAUCAAUUGAUUGAAGAUGAGGUCAAGGUGGAACGGAUCGAAUUCAAGAAAAAUGGAAAUGCUAACGCUGAAGUCAAUUGAAUGCGGUUACCAUGUGUUCAAAAGUAUUUUAUUUUGUUACGAUUUUUAAGUUCUAAUACACGGAUGAUUAUGUCGAA